AUGGCGAUCGCCUCCGGAUAUACAGAGGCUCAACUCGUGGUGCUGGUGUUAAGCGCCGUGGUUAUCGCUGUCGCGCUACUGUCCUACUUUGUGGUAGCGCCCGAGUACGAGAAGCACCUUGACAAGCAGUACGCGGCAAUGGUACACGCCUCCUCGGAGCGCAACUUGCAGAACCAAAAAGCGCACGAGUUGCUGCGCAAGCACAAGUCGCUCGGCUCCUGGGACAUCGAGUCCGGCUCCAGCGACGACGACGGACUGGGUUACAGCAGGCUGCAACGACGACAUACUCAAGUGCGACCACCUCCGGUCAGCGCGUCAUCGUCCCUAGACAUUAUCAGCGAGGCAGCUCAGGUCGCUCAGCAGGACCGUAACGCCCGUCGCCGCAAGAGUGAAAGCGACGCACUCAAGCAAGCCAACAUCCAGCGAGCCAACAUGCUGCGUCGUCGAGUGCAGCUCCGGAAGCUCGAGGAGGAGAUCGCUGGCACAGUCAAGGCGAACGAGGAAGCUCAGGCGGCGGCGAUAUCUGGCAAUCCCAAUUCUACUUCAGCCAACAUCCGACGGCUCUCAAACAGCACACUGGAUCUGAGUGACGAUCGGCUGAGGAUGCUGCAGGAGCACCCAGCGGACUGUGUCGAGGAAUUAACGGUCCUCGCUCGAGCCCAGUCUCCGACAUCUUCAACACCAUUUGUGGAUAAUGCCGCCAUUACGAAGAGCAAGAGCGAGGCUGCUGUCCCGGAACUCCAUGAAGUGAAGCGCGCAUUGAGGGUCCUGAACGAUGUGCUGAGCUUCUACCUGUCGGUGGAUCACCGUGACAUGAACAAACUCACGGUGUUUUGCAACUCUCUUCUACAGCACGACGGUCUCAACCGACUACGUGCAUUCGAGGGGUCUCGUGAUCAAGAUGUGCGAGCACUGUCGAACUCCAUCAUCGAAAAGGCCGUGCCUGCUAUUUGGCACUAA